AUGUCCUCGCUGUUGAAGCAGGACUUGCAAAAGAAGCUAUUUCAGCCCCUGGGGCAGAGCCUGCGGAAGUUCAUAGAGAUCGAGUGUUCAGCCCACGACAGGUUUUACCUCUGUGCUGCAGUGACUAAAGGUGGAGAAGUAGAAAUAUCUAUGGUAAAACAUUUAAGAAUAGAUCUGGAUGAGAAAUAUGAAAUGGCUGAGAAGUGGUUUUUGAAAGAUCUGGAGAUGAUUGAUGGAAAAGAAGUGGACACUGAUAAUCCAUAUUUUGACAUGCACUUUGAGAAGGUCUACAGUUGGGAAGCAUAUAGCUGUGCAUCUAAAUAUGCCUUUGCUCGAACAUUAAACAAAUUGAAUUACAUGUACCUUAAAAAGGACUUGAAGAUUGUGAACUUUGAUAUAACCUACAUAAAUGAUGAUUCACUCUGGUCAUCCAACAAUGGGGACUGUUUAGUACUUACGAAGAUAUGCUUCUAUGCCUCCAACCUUUUGUGUCUGUCCCUGUGUCCUAUGCCAUAA